AUGGCGCCAGCAGCUCAAGAUGCCGAUCCCGAAAAAAGUAUCGAGAUGUGGAAGAUCAAGAAACUGAUCAAAAACCUCGAGAAGGCCAGAGGUAACGGUACCUCGAUGAUCUCCCUGAUCAUGCCUCCAAAGGGUCAGAUCCCAAUCACGCAAAAGAUGUUGACAGAUGAAUACGGAACUGCCUCCAAUAUCAAAUCGCGUGUCAACCGUCUCUCGGUCCUCUCGGCAAUCACUUCGACUCAGCAGAAGUUGAAACUGUACAGCAAAGUUCCACCUAACGGACUGGUGAUCUACUGUGGUGAUGUCAUAACGGAGGAAGGCAAGGAGAAGAAGCUCAACAUCGAUUUCGAGCCUUUCAAGGCCAUUAACACGUCGCUGUACUGGUGUGAUAACAGAUUCCACACAGAGCCGCUUUCUGCUCUUCUGGAGGCUGACGACAAGUUCGGAUUUAUCGUCAUGGACGGUCAUGGUGUUCUGUUGGGCACCCUGUCCGGUAACACCAGAGAGGUCCUGUACAAGUACGCCGUUGAUCUUCCAAAGAAGCACGGAAGAGGUGGUCAAUCUGCACUGCGUUUCUCGCGUUUGAGAGACGAAAAGAGACACAAUUACGUCAGGAAGGUGGGUGAACUGGCAGUCCAGUUUUUCAUCACCAACGAUAAGGUGAACGUGACCGGUAUGAUUCUGGCUGGUUCUGCCGACUUCAAAACCGAGCUAUCGACAUCUGACAUGUUUGACAUCAGAUUGCAAGCCAAGAUCGUCAAGAUUGUGGAUAUCUCUUACGGUGGUGAGAACGGUUUCAACCAGGCCAUUGAGCUUUCGGCAGAGGCUCUUGCCAACGUCAAGUUCAUCCAGGAGAAGAAGCUGAUCACCCAAUAUUUCGACGAAAUUUCCCAGGAUACUGGUAAGUUCUGUUACGGUAUCGACGAUACUCUCAAGGCCCUCGAGAACGGUGCUUGUGAUACCCUCAUUGUCUACGAGAACUUGGACAUUGUCAGAUACACCUUGAAGGACUCCGAAGGUAACGAGAAGAUUGUCCAUGCUUCUCCAGCUGCCACCAAGGAAUGGAUGAUUGACUCGGCCACCGGUCAGGAGAUGGAGGUCGUUGAGGAGAUCACCUUCUUGGAAUGGUUAGCUGAAAAUUACAAAAAGUACGGUGCCACUCUGGAAUUUGUCACAGACAGGUCGUCUGAAGGUGCUCAGUUCGUGAAAGGUUUCGGUGGUGUUGGUGCUCUGUUGAGAUAUAACUUGAACUUUGAGCAGUUGACCUCUGAUUCUGAUGAUGAGUAUUACGAUAGCGAUUAA